AUGUCGGCCUAUGGAAUUCAGCGACAUUCCCAUUCCUCCCGUUCCCCGAGAUUUCUGAACAGAUUCCAUUUGAACACACCGCCGUUAGAGAUUCCUCCAAUGAUGGGAGUGGAGAUGACCGAGAACACUGGCCAUGAUUGUUCAGUUUUCCCCAAUCAGACCUUAUUUGAACCUCAUUUUUAUUCGUGUGAUUCUGAAGGUAGGUUUGAAGAAAGAAUGAAAAAAUAUAUUCGCUAGGCUACAAGCUGCAGUACAUGUGCUUUGUUUCUGAAAAUUAAGCUCACGACCCUGAGGCUUUGUUUGGCCGCGGUUUCGAACCGGGCGCUAAACAAUGGGAUUAAAUCAGCGUGAGCCGCCAUCUGAAUUGUUUGAAGAGCGUGAUCACGCGCUCGAAGAGAGGAACUUGUCCUCCUAAUUAUGAAUUGUUAAUAGGCGAUGACUGUAUAUAAUAUUUGCAGCUUAUUUCCUAGGGGUGAUUCAAACAAGGCUCCCUUUAGUUUUCAUAGGAAAGUGUUUUACAGUUCAGACAUUUCAGGUAAACAACCGGUGUUCUUGCUUCAUGAUCUUGCCCUUUCGAAUCAGACUGGUGAUUAUGUUUAUCCGUUGGACUUCUCUCAACCUCUGAGGGUAUUCCUCGAUCUAACGAGUUCGGCAAACCGAAGGUAAGGCCGUGGAUAAGACGACGUUAUUUUCAGAUUGGAUAAUAUAAGAGCCGAGGUCACUUUAUAUCGUCGGAGUGUGGGAUGGUUAGGGUGCGGAUGGUUCUAUAUCCCCACUCUUGGAUUGUUGGAUAAUUACGAUAUUUGUGGGGAAGAUAACUUGAGUUGUCCCAUUUACACCGGCAGGCAAGUAGUGGAAGUCGUUCUGAGACCCAAUGUUCUCUUUCUGGCCUUGAUGAAACUCAUUCACAGUGAUCGAGUAGGUCAAUAAGCUUUUGUGAGAAUUGAAAACAUACAUUCAGGUGCCUUAUCAAGUAAUUAUCAAGCUCAUAAACAAUCGAAGCUCAUCGGAAGAAUUGUUAUGCGCCGCUUUCCAGGCCCGAAUUAACUUUUGA